AUGAAAAUUUCAUCAACUCCUUCAGUUGAGCAGUUCAGCCUUCUCUUAUCGCUUCUCCUCACCAUAUUGACCAUAAACCAAUAUGGUUCUCUCUUUGCUCAAUGCGUCACUCACUACCCCAAUCUCGACGAACACAUUCGGAAUCCCUUGUCGUUCUUGUGAAGUAAAGCAUUUUUCGAUGGUUUCGUGCCGCAGGGAACCGGAGCAUGCGAUAUCCAGAAAUUUUGGCCGCGAAUGUUCAUCCGUUCCCGCCAUUAAACCGAUUGUGCUUCAGAAAUCUGCGUUUAUUGUAGCUGCGUCUCUUUCUGUUGUUCUCUGGUCUAAUCCAGCUCAUGCUGGAUUCCUCUCGGGCUCCACCGGUAUAGAAUCAGUCCCCGGUCCACAGUUGCCUCAGAUGGAUUUCCUCACUCGUUUCAACGAGGAAAAUCAGAAAAAGUAUGCAGAGAAUGACGCAAGAUUCAAAGAGUCUCCUAUCCUCAAGAAGCUGCUCGAGCAGUCAAAGUUAAACAAGGAGAAAAACAAACAAGCAACUCUUGACAAAUACUGCAUUCGAGGAGCUGAAUGGGGCGUUGGAGACUGCUCGGCUGAUGGCAUGUCACCAGAGGACAGGGAGAAAUUUAUUGCGAUGCUGAAGCAAAAGGCUGGGACUGAAUGAAGGUUUUGAUUCAUGCAUCCGAGGUCUCAAUCACAACAGCCACUAGACAAAGUUGGAUGGAUCUGAGCUUUGGAGAAAACGGGUAUGUUUUUCGACCAAUUUUACGAGUAGCAAAGAUGAUAUAUGAAGAGAUUGUUUGGGGGAAGACAUGCUCUUGGAACACAGUGCUAUGCAGCAUUCUGCUAAAGGGUGAUUUAUCAGAUGCAUUUUGUUUUGCUCUGAUUGGGAAUUCAAGCAGAUUUCUGUACGGUACUUAUCUUUUGUUGUAUCUGAACUGAUAUAUACGGUGAGAUAUAUUUCAGUUUAAGACAACCUACUUUUAGUAAUGCUGUGGAGUUUGUUGCACAAAUAAAAAAAUGUUGGUGUGCCCUCAACUCUCAAAACCAUUUUAUAACCAAGUUUCUAUGUUCAUAAUU